CGCUACCCAACCACCCUCAUCCCGCCAGGGCACCUUCUAGUCUCUCCCUUAUCUUCCAUCUCUGAAAGGUCCUGCAUUGACGAGAAGCGUGCGAUGUCUUUCGUGAAACUCAGCAUCUUCGGCACCUCCUUCGAGGUCACAACUCGCUAUGUCGAUCUACAACCAGUAGGAAUGGGUGCCUUCGGUCUUGUUUGCUCAGCCAAGGACCAGCUUACCGGUUCCUCCGUUGCGGUUAAGAAGAUCAUGAAGCCCUUCAGCACCCCCGUUCUCAGCAAACGAACGUAUCGUGAACUGAAGCUUCUCAAGCACAUCCAGCACGAGAACAUCAUUAGUUUGAGCGACGUGUUUAUCUCCCCUCUGGAAGAUUUGUACUUCGUGACCGAGUUGCUUGGAACGGACCUUCACCGCCUUCUGACCUCGCGACCGCUGGAGAAACAGUUUAUCCAGUACUUCCUCUACCAGAUUCUGCGGGGAUUAAAAUACGUACAUUCCGCCGGUGUUGUUCACCGUGACCUUAAACCCAGCAAUAUUCUCGUCAAUGAGAACUGUGAUUUGAAGAUCUGCGAUUUCGGGCUUGCUCGUAUUCAAGAUCCUCAGAUGACUGGUUAUGUCUCGACACGAUACUAUCGUGCACCAGAGAUCAUGUUGACAUGGCAAAAGUACGAUGUCGCGGUCGAUAUCUGGAGCACGGGUUGUAUAUUCGCCGAGAUGCUGGAAGGAAAACCACUUUUCCCUGGCAAAGACCACGUUAACCAGUUCUCUAUCAUCACGGAGUUACUCGGUACACCACCUGACGAUGUUAUUGAAACCAUUGCUAGCGAGAAUACCCUUCGCUUUGUUCAAAGCUUGCCAAAACGCGAACGUGUACCCUUCAGCCAAAAGCUCCGGACGACGGACCCUGACGCUCUUGACCUUCUUGAGAAAAUGCUUGUCUUUGAUCCUCGUAAGCGCAUAGACGCGACUGAGUCAUUAGCUCAUGAAUAUGUCGCACCUUACCACGACCCAACCGAUGAGCCUGUUGCUGCGGAGCAAUUUGACUGGAGCUUCAACGAUGCUGAUCUUCCAGUUGACACCUGGAAGGUGAUGAUGUAUAGCGAAAUCCUCGAUUUCCACCAAGUUGGCGACACGACCGUCGCUGGCCAGAUACCCGAGGGCGCAUUGGCCGGACCAGAAACCGCUCAAGCGGCUGCUGCCAUCGCAUCCGCCAAGUAAUCGUCGUUUACGGUUAAUUAUCCUACGCGUCGACACUUUCAUUUCUUAUCCCUACCUUUCUCCCGUGCACCUUGUACCGCUGAGGAUCCUAUGGUGAUUCUUGUUCCAUCAUUCCUUUAUGUCCGCUGACGCUUUCAUCCGAACCGAUUGACUCGACUUGUUUACUGACACACGAUGUACUUUGUAAAGAGAAAGCGCGAGAGAGAAGUCUUCAUAUACAUGUAUCCUCACGACCCGUAAUACACGCAGGGUUUGAUAAAAGCAUGGCUUAGUUCUGUUACUAUAGAGAUGCUUAUACUGUAUCAUACCAUAUACACGAAGCGGUACCUAACG